CGUACCGAUACCACUUAGAGUCUACCAUCAUACAGUUGCAAAGUUGCACUGACGUGCACAAACACAGACAAAGGCUCACCGCUCAAGUAGAUUCGCUGAGAUUUGGCAAGAGUGCAGAAGUGGCAGCACCUAUAUAGGCAACAACUAAAGCGGUUCUGGAUGUAACAAACACACUAAAUAGAGUGAACCAAAUCGGAGUGCAGAGAAGCGCUUUCAAUCAGUGAUUAAUAAACAAAAAGUACUCGAUUUGAGUAAAGUAUUGCUUAGGAUUAGUGUUGACCAUUCGCCGAUUAUCAUCGGUACUCAGUAUUAAAAAUGAAUAACCCAGGACGACUUCUGAAGGAUCCAGCUACGGCUGCAUGCCGUAUUUUUAUUGGGCAUCUACAAACAGAAGAGAUGAAUCGCCAAGAGCUGGAGGAUCAUUUUUCAAAAUAUGGCAACAUAGUUGGUGCUGUAUUGAAUCGUGGAUUUGGUUUUGUUCAAUUCGAAGAUGAACAAUCUGCUCAAAAUGCAAUCAAAGGUGAAAAUGGUGCUAUGUUCAAAAAUCGAAGAAUAGAUGUCAAGCCUGCCACAAAAAAUGCUCCAGGAGGAAUGGGUGGAAAUAUGGGUGGUGGCAUGAAUCAAGGUGGUAACAACCAAGGGGGUAAUAACAUGGGUGGAUUUGGUGGCAACGACUCCUUUAAUAAUAGUUUUGGCAAAGGAAAUAACUUUAACAAUCCUAAUUUUGGAGGUGAUAACCAAUUCAAUAGAGGACCAAUGGGUGGAAAAAACACUUUCAAUCAAGAUCAAGAUGAUCCUUUUGACAAUGGUAAUUCAUUCAACGUGAAUAAAAGUGGCGGUCCUCCUUUUGGAGGAAACCGUCCAGGAGGUCCUGGCAUGAGAAACCAAAAUGAUCCAGAAACCAUGGGUCCUGGAGGUCCUGGAAACAUGGGAGGUCCUGGAAACAUGGGAGGCCCAGCAAGUAUGGGAGGUCCAGGAAAUAUGGGAGGCCCUGGUGGACCUGGUGGCAGAGGAAGAAAAUCGCGGAAAGGAGGACGAAAUCAGAAUGAUUCAUUUGGAGAUGAAAUGGGAGCAGAUAUGGGUAAAGGAAUGGGCGGUCCAGGUAUGGGAAAUCGAAUGGGUGGAGGUAUGGGAGGCAGAAUGGGCGGAGGUAUGGGAGAUCCGAUGGAUAAUCGCGGAGAUAUGGGACCGAACUUUCGUCAAGGUAUGGGUGGGCCAGAUGGUAAUAUGGGCGGUGGAUUUAGAGAUAGAAGUCCAUUGAGAGGACCUAAACGAAUGGAAGAUAAUCCUUUAGCAAACUGGGAAAUGAAUAAACCUGGACCUGGUGGACCUGGAGGACCUGGAGGUCGUGGAGGACCUGGUGGGCGUGGAAACUUUGGAGGUUUUGGAGACUCUAAAGGCAGUCGAUUUGACGAUUUUAAAGGUCCACCAGGACCACAAGGAGGAAGAGGAAUGGGUGAUAUGGGCCCUGGGCCACGUGGACCCAAUUUUGGACCUGCACCAGGACCAGUUAGUGAAUACCCCUCAGUUGCUGCUGAGAAAAAUGAUUGUGAAAUCAUUGUUGUAACUAAAGCAUUAACGGAAUAUGCUGAAAUCAUUGAAGCAAGAUUGAAAAAAUUAGGACUGACAGUGGAUUUGCUUUUCCCCAAUGAAGAUGUUCCGUUAACAAGAGUACUUGGAAAUAUUGCAAGCAGAGGCUGUUUGUAUGCUAUUGUCAUUGCACCUACAAAUAAAGAGCAUCGUUCCUUGACCUUAAAUAUUUUACAUGGACUGCCACAAGAACACAGAAACAUGCCAGUAGACGACGCUAUCAAUCUAAUAAUGCGUGAUUUUAACAACUAUAAGUGUGGAGGUCGCAGUGUUCCAUCAAAUGUACCUUCGGCGCUCGAUCGUCAUCCUGAUGCUAUUCAAGUUUUGCUGAAUAUGUUAGCUGACAAUUUACAAUUAACAGUACUUCAGUAUGAGCGUAUUAUCAAAUACUUGGAAAUGAGAAGAGAAGAGCAAGUUCAGAUUGAACUUGGCGAGGAUGCCAAGAACUUGGGUCCUACAUUAGUUAGCGAUCCAAAACAGGCUGAAUUGCAGUCCAGAAUUUUGAAUAUUCUAAAUAGCAAUAAAACCAGUACCAACUCGUCCACUCCUAAUACAAAUGUAACCACGACAGCGGUGCCUAGUCCAGUUCCACCGCCGAUAUCAGCGGUAUCGACGAGCACGACCAAUAACACAACCUCGAAUUCGACCACAAGUACGGUGACGCCGUCGCCCUUACUGAACGACCCCACCGUCCAGAAGGCACUCGACAGUCUCAUACAGGGAAAUUUAUUGAAAAACAUCGGAGACCAGCCUAGCAACAACACCCCGACGUCGUCGGCCCCGCUCUUCGCUGCUUUCCCCAAUAUUAAUAGAUUUUAAAAUUAUAAAUUUAUAAUUUAAUUAUACAUAAACAAAUAACGUAUUACAAUUCCGGUUUACAUUUAUACAUAAUCGUGUAUAAACCAAAUGAAAAAGAUUAGCUGUGACUUAUAUUAUGUAACCUCUUUUAAUAAAUGCUACAUUGCCUCAGAUACAA